AUAUUUUGCUACCAAGCAAUUUUGUUCUUAAUGACAGCAGGAGUGCUUGGUGUUUUGGUGAGAUAAAAAAUUUGGACACCGUUGGGAGUUUUUUUCAAUCAAAAGACUCAGCUAUGGGAUCCAUUCCACAAUUAUCGAUAUUGAAAGGACCGACAAGACAUUUCCAAAAUAACACACUUGAGAAAAUCUUUGAAAACAUUGCCAGGUCUCAGCAUGAAAAUGAUACUGCUUUAAUUUUUGAAGUCAACGGACAAGUAAGAAAACAUACGUUUUCCGAAGUAAAUAGCAUCGCCAACAAACUAGCAAAAACCAUUGUAGAAAUAAUAUCCAAUAAUAAUUUACCAAGGAAUAAAGAUGGAGAUUACAUAAUAGCAGUUAACAUGCAUCCCAGUGACCAUUUGGUGAUAUUAUUAUUGGCAAUUUGGAAAGCUGGAGCUGCUUAUAUGCCCCUGGAUCCAUCAUUUCCCGGCGCAAGAAUCAAACAUAUAAUUAGGGAAGCAAAUCCCGUAAUAAUAAUUUACGAAACUGAUUCUAAAUUUUAUUUCGACACACUCAAAAUAUCAUUUGAGGAACUGGCAAAUAAAAGCACUCAUCAGCCUGAAGAAUCUAUAGCAAACACCGAAAAAAUAAAUCACGUUCGAGAUAAUUUAGCCGUGGUUUUAUAUACAUCAGGAAGUACCGGUGUUCCUAAAGGAGUUCGACUUCCUCACAAAGUCAUCCUCAACAGAUUGCAGUGGCAAUUUAGAAGAUUUCCUUAUAGUUCAACAGAAAAAGUAUGUGUGUUCAAAACAGCUCUAACUUUUGUCGAUAGCAUAGCUGAAAUUUGGGGACCUUUGCUGAAUGGGAGAACAAUUUUAGUUGUUUCAAAAUCCGUAACAAAAGAUCCAGAAAUAUUCAUUAAUCUUUUACAGGAAUAUAAAAUUGAAAGAUUGAUACUAGUUCCAACUUUGUUGAGAUCCAUUCUGAUGUUCGUGCAGAUGAAUAAAGAAAAACGGUUGCUUCAGAAUUUGAAAACGUGGAUAUGUUCAGGUGAAACAUUGGUAGUAUCUUUGGUAGAAGAGUUUUUCAAGUAUUUUCCUGAAAAUGAAUUCCAAUUAUGUAACUUUUAUGGAAGUACAGAAAUUAUGGGAGAUGUCACAUAUUACGUUAUCAAAGAAGUUGAGCAGUUCAAGAAAACAAGUAAAGUACCAAUAGGUAUUCCUUUGGACAAUACAAUCCUUUAUCUUCUGGAUAAAGACUUCCGGCCGGUAAAAGCCGGUGACAUUGGCGAACUUUUCGUUUCCGGAUCAAAUGUUGCUGCUGGUUACGUCGGCGGAAGAGAUCCGGAAAAAUUUCUCGACAAUCCAUUAGCAAUCGAUCCUACAUACGGGAAACUAUAUCGUACGGGAGAUUAUGCUAGGUUGGAAAAAGACCUGCUAUAUUACGAAGGCCGCACAGAUUCUCAAGUUAAAAUCAGAGGGCAUAGAGUAGAUAUCGCAGAAGUCGAAAAGGCCGUAAACUCUCUUGAAGGGGUAGACAAAGGUGUUGUUUUGUGUUAUAAGCCUGGUGAAAUCAAUCAAGCAUUAUUAGCCUUCAUAACAACAACAACUGCAGUGAGUGAACACCAAAUUGAAAAUAUGCUCAAGGACAAAUUAUCCUCUUACAUGAUUCCUCAAGUGAUUCUAAUAGAUAAAAUACCUUUGCUCGUUAACGGCAAAGUUGACCGGCAAUAUUUGUUGAAAUCCUAUGAAAAUACUGAUGACAACGAAGAAACGGUGACCGAAAUGGAAAUUAGUUACGAAGGAGUUCCUUCUCAUCAAUUAGAAGCAGCCAAAGCAUUAUUUGAAAUUGUUGCAAGUGUUCUAAAUAAGCCAAUACGAUCGAAGAUUUCAGUAAAUUCCAAUUUUUUUAAUAUCGGUGGAAAUUCGCUAAAUUCUAUUUAUACUAUUUCAAAAUUGAGUGAACAAGGUUACCAUAUAAGAAUCAGCGAUUUCCUUUCUGCUAUUGAUUUUGGCGAGGUUAUUCUAAGAAUGACAUCGAAUAAUAUAUUAAAUACACAGGCGCCUUCUUUUUCUCGUGAUUAUUUGAAACCAUGUUACAAAACUAAUGUAUAUGAAAUGAUAACUUCUAGUUUCUAUGAAAAAGCCGAUCUUGAACAAUGGUUGAAACCUGAUAUCAACGUUUAUGAUUACGCCGAGCUAUUGGAUAAAAUCUGGGAUCCUCUUCUUGAGGCCAAUUUGAGCUUUAUCAUCAAAAAUGAAUAUGGCAAGGUUGUUGGGGUAGCAUUGAAUUUUGAUGCUAGGGACGAACCAGAAGUUGAAAUAUCAUCUAAACUCAGUGUUAUAUUUGAAUUUCUGGAAUUCCUGGAAGCGCCUAUCAGAGAUUAUCAACUUCCGCCUGGAAAGGGAUCAGUAUUACAUUCAUUCAUGAUGGCAACUGAUUCCUCCUUAACGGCUAAAGAAAAUAUAGCAGUGAUGCAAUAUGCAGAAGUAGAAGUCAUGAAAAUGGCGAAAGAAAGGAAUUUCAAAGGAAUAUUCACAACGAACACGAAUCCUUUAACACAGCAACUUGGUGCAAUGUACAAUUACCAGAUUAUGUUGGACUAUCAAGUCAACCAAUACGUAACCAGUGAUAAGACAGGACCGUUUCGACUAGCGCCAGACAAUCAACGGGCCAUUGUUAAUUGGAAACCACUAGAAUAAUGUUUGAAUAUUAAAUCUAUUCAAAUAAAAAAAAUGAAAAUAGUCGAAUUAAUACUUUCUUGUAUUCAUAUGAUGAAUGAGAAAAUAGAUUUGGUGAUAUCAGUUGACACAAUGUCAAAAGCAAAAUUUACGACACUGUUGUAACAUAUUUCCUGAACCGGACAAUACAAAUGAAUAUGGUGAUAACAAUUUCUGGCUCAAAUUGAGUAUUUUCUGCCAUGUAAUAAGAAAAAAGUAAAGUAAUAUACAAUUAUUUCAGC